AAAUGCUAUCGAGUCCUCUCAAUACGCUCUGCAAUAACUCCUCCACUUCCACAUCUUCACUAACUCUUCCGUCUUCCAUCUUCCAUCUUCCAUCUUCCUUCUUCCUCACCCUCUCGCUCUCGCUCUCAACUUUUAUCCGCUCUUUUUUCUUUCAAUCCCUUUCACUUCCAUGUCCUAACUAUUCUUAAAUUCGUUUCACAAGAAAAGCAUUCUUUGCAAUAAACCUCAAAACCACUUUUCACAGUGCUAAUCAAAUUCUGCUUUUUAAUCAACCCUUUGACCUUAAAACCAGAUCUGACCUACUUUGCUUGUCUCUAACCCUAAAACCUGGAUAUGGUUUUCUAGGGUUUCUAUCAACUUGCAAGAACAAGAGAGAAUAGAGACGAGUAAAACUCAACCGAAAUAUUCGUCGGCGUUAAAUAGAAAUGCCAGAUUGAAAUAUUGCCAUUGUCAAAGGCUUCGCACUCUGUCAACUCGGUAAUGCUCAUUUUAGUUCUUUAAUGGGCAUGUAAGGACAGACGAAAAAAAAGUCCUGUUUGAAAAGCCACUAACCAAAAUUAACUUUCAGUCUGUCUGUUGUUACAUGUAACCAUCCCAUAUUUUUUGGUCAGACACUGCCAAAGAAUCUGUUAAUCUCAACGCAGUAUAUACUUUCUAAAAUCCAAAACCAAAACCAAAACCGAAAAGCUAAACCCAGUUUUAGAGGGAGAAAUAUAGAGAGACAGAGAAGUUUCUAGGGUUUCUUGGUGAAGAUGAUGUGCAGCUUCAAGGUCAUACGAGGAGGUCUCACGGCAUGAAUUUUUUGAGUCUAGUCUGGAAGUUUACAAAAAGCUGAUUGCAACUUUUUAAGUUUGUAAUAAGAGCAUCAUGAUGUUUCAACCAAACAUGUUUGAUAGCCACCAUUCCUUGCUGGAUAUGAGUCAUAAAUCACCCGAAAAUGAGAUGGACCUUAUUAGGGAUGACGAAUUCGAGAGCAAAUCAGUGACUGAUAUCAUGGAAGCCCCCUCUGGAGAUGAUGGAGAUCCAAAUCAACGCCCCAAAAAGAAGCGUUAUCAUCGCCACACCCAGCAUCAAAUCACAGAAAUGGAAGCGUUUUUUAAGGAAUGCCCUCACCCGGAUGAUAAACAAAGGAAAGAGCUUGGACGUCAAUUGGGGUUGGAGCCUUUACAAGUUAAAUUUUGGUUUCAAAACAAGCGCACUCAGAUGAAGUCUCAACAUGAGCGGCACGAGAACACGCAACUGAGGAAUGAAAACGAGAAGCUUCGUGCAGAAAACAUAAGGUAUAAAGAAGCUCUUAGCAAUGCUGCUUGUCCCAACUGCGGAGGACCAGCUGCCAUUGGCGAGAUGUCAUUUGAUGAGCAGCAUUUGAGGAUAGAGAAUGCUCGCUUAAGGGAAGAGAUUGAUAGGAUAUCCGGAAUUGCAGCAAAGUAUGUUGGGAAACCUAUGCUUUCUUAUGCACAUAUUUCUCCUGGAUCAUCUCGUUCACUUGAUCUUGGAUCGGGGAAUUUUGGGCCUCAGACAGGCAUGCCUGGUGAGAUAUAUGGUGCAUCUGACCUUCUUAGGUCAGUCUCUGGGCCAACUGAUGCCAACAAGCCCAUGAUCAUUGAGUUGGCUGUUGCUGCAAUGGAGGAAUUGAUCCGAAUGGCCCAAUCCGGAGAGCCUUUAUGGAUACCUAGCACGGACAAUUCUGCUGAGACUUUGAGUGAAGAGGAAUAUAUCCGGACAUUCCCUCGUGGGAUUGGGCCAAAGCCCUUGGGAUUGAAAUCUGAGGCAUCUCGAGAGUCUGCUGUUGUGAUAAUGAAUCACAUCAGCUUGGUUGAGAUUCUGAUGGACGCGAAUCAAUGGACAAGCGUGUUCUCCAGCAUUGUGUCAAGAGCAAUGACUGUUGAAGUUUUAUCAACUGGAGUAGCAGGCAACUAUAAUGGAGCUUUACAAGUGAUGACUGCUGAGUUCCAGGUCCCUUCCCCAUUGGUUCCAACUCGCGAAAACUAUUUUGCGAGAUACUGCAAACAAAAUGGUGAUGGGACUUGGGCUGUGGUAGAUGUUUCUUUGGACAAUCUAAGAGCUACCUCUAUAUCUCGGUGUAGACGAAGGCCAUCUGGUUGUUUGAUCCAAGAAUUACCAAAUGGUUACUCAAAGGUUAUAUGGGUGGAACAUGUUGAGGUGGAUGAUAGAUCUGUUCACAGCAUCUACAAACCACUGGUCAAUUCCGGUCUCGCUUUUGGGGCAAGACGCUGGGUAGCCACAUUGGAUAGACAAUGUGAACGUCUUGCAAGUGUAAUGGCCAAUAACAUUUCAGCAGGAGAUGUUGGGGUGAUAUCUUCUCCAGAAGGUAGAAAGAGUAUGUUGAAGCUGGCAGAAAGAAUGGUAAUGAGCUUCUGCACUGGUGUCGGUGCUUCAACUGCACACACAUGGACAACAAUGUCAGGAAGUGGAGCUGAUGAUGUUAGGGUUAUGACCAGAAAGAGCGUGGAUGAUCCAGGCAGGCCUCCUGGUAUUGUUCUAAGUGCUGCUACUUCAUUUUGGCUCCCAGUUCCACCAAAAAGAGUUUUCGACUUUCUUCGUGAUGAGAAUUCAAGAAAUGAGUGGGAUAUUCUUUCAAAUGGAGGCCUUGUUCAAGAAAUGGCACAUAUUGCAAAUGGCCGUGAUCCGGGCAAUUCUGUCUCGUUACUGCGUGUCAAUAGUGCAAACUCAAGCCAAAGCAAUAUGCUGAUACUACAAGAGAGUUGUACUGAUUCAACAGGCUCCUAUGUUAUCUAUGCUCCAGUUGAUAUUGUUGCCAUGAAUGUGGUCUUAAGUGGCGGUGAUCCGGACUAUGUUGCUCUCUUACCAUCUGGUUUCGCUAUACUUCCUGAUGGACCUACAAAUCUGGCCGGAGGGAUUAAUGCUGAGGUUGGGUCCGGUGGAUCAUUACUCACCGUUGCCUUUCAGAUACUGGUAGACUCGGUUCCAACUGCAAAACUUUCUUUGGGUUCAGUGGCAACUGUUAAUAGCCUCAUCAAGUGCACCGUUGAAAGGAUCAAGGGUUCUGUGCUGUGCGACUGUGCAUGACCUAAACGUCUGCUUUUUGAUUAGACUUGAAAUGAAGAACAAAGGGGAAGGACGGAUAUGUUUACCAUAGGAUGUGAGAGAAAGGGAAAGAAGUCAAGAACGCACCUUGUAUGAUCCUUGCUGUGUAGUGUAAAUUAUCUUGGAUGAAGAAAGCAUCUUGAGUUUCACCACGCAGCAAGGUUAAUAUAGGUUCGGGUAUUGACUAGACAAAGAGCUUUAAGUGUAUUAAACUCAUUUGUAUCUUUGUUUUGCAUCAACGUCAGGGUACUUUUUUUCUUUUAGUAGUUGUUUCUUUUGGAAGAGGCUUAGUUAGCAGACUGGAACUUCAAUCUGGAUUUUAUCUAACAAUGUUUUCCUUUAAAAGUGAAUUCUUGCUUUAGUAACA